CUGGCGCCGGCGUGAACAAAAACAGGCAACUGAUCUAGCGAUGGUUCGAGUGGAGAAGCCAGUUGUUCAAAAACCUGUAGUGAAAAUUAAGAAAAACAUCAGACCACAAAUGGAUAAUAUCAAGAAAGAAAUGCCAAUUAUUAAAAAACUUAAAGCCGCCAAAAAAGAGGAGGAGAAAAUUAUGAAGAGAACAUCUAAAACAGAGGAGGAAAAGAUCAUGGAGGUAACAUUCAAAAGAGAGGAGGAGAAAAUCAUGAAGGUAACAUCUAAAACAGAGGAGGAGAUCACAAAGAGAACAUCAAAAACAGAGAAGGAGAAGAUCACUAUGAAAACAUCCCGCCUGAACCGGUUCCGUAAAUGGAUUAAAAAAGGACCCAAAAGAAGAACACCUGCUGCAGCUGCCGGUCCAUGGACUAAAUGGAGUUAA